AAGGUGUCUGUCCAACUGCUCUUAAAGAAGGUUUCAUACGUUGGGAUGAUGAACAAUCAGGAAUCGACCUGAACAACGCGAACUAUGGCAGUUUGCCUGACGGAAUAUACGAGAAAACCAACACCACGAUCAAAUACUGCUGCAGUACCAAGGGGAACAUCAACAAUCCUGCAAAACUGCCAAACCUCAAACCUUUCUACCUACUCACGUACGAUUCAGCUCAAUGUCAGAAAGUCAGAGGCAUGAGAGUGACGUCAGAGUUUGUUAAGUUUGAUGAUGAUGAUCAAGGGAAUACUGAUGGCACGGGGGGUGCUUACCCCUAUGGACCCAGUGAAGAUCCAUUUAAUUUGAAGAUAUAUUACUGUUACUACGAACCAGGUAACCCCCUACAUACUGCUAUGAACAAGCUAUCCAGUAUGAAGUUAGUUUAGUUUAUAUUUCAACCCUUAAUGGACCUCCAGGGAGAACAGUUUAGAACUGAUAGAGCUAUCCAGUAUAAAUAAAGUUAGUUUAGUUUAGGUUUCCUCCUGUGGUAACACUGAAUCAAUAAGAGAUGAUCCUUACUGGACCUCUAGAGAGAACAGUCUAGAACUGAUAGAGCUAUCCAGUAUAAAUAAAGUUAGUUUAGUUUAGGUUUCCUCCUGUAGUAACACUGGAUCAAUAAGGGAUGAUCAUCACUGGACCUCUUGGGAGAACAGUUUAGAAGUGAUGGAGGAAGCACUGAUUACCUUUAUAUAUUCCCGUCAUUCCUAUCCAUGGAGUUAUCUCAAUGUAUUAUUGUGUCCAAACUGUAGGUCAGGAAAACACAGAAGACCUAGGUAUUGGAAAACAAGCAAAGGUGAGAAAACGCACUAAGAUCGAUAUGCAAUACUCUUUUGUGUUUGAACACACAAUUGCAGGUAAGCACUAUCGCGCAGCAGAUGCUGAUCAACCUGCAGUUAUCAGAGCGAGAAAAUGAUGUUAAUUCUUUUCAGUAGAUGUAGUAGUCUGGUAUUUGGAGGCAAAUAAAUACAAUUGAGAAGUGCAGUUUAAUUUUCCUGCUCUAUUAUAGACCGAUUCGAAAAGUAGCUAUCACACUGAUUUAACAUUAUUUUAUAAGCUAAUAAACAAUUUUUCAACAGAGACCUUUCUUUAACUGGGAAAGUGUAAAAGUUUAUCAUUGAAAACAAUGAAUGCAAGUGAAAUUGUAGCCCUUUGGAAAUAUACAUAAAAGCACCAAAAAGAGGCUAUAGUCAGUCUUCUUUGUUAAUUCCAGCACAGUGAUUAAUUUGGCUGAAAUAAUUUCAGGGAGAAAAAAGAUUGAUAGCUAUUUUUCGAAACGGUCUAAAGUUGACCACCAAUCUGCCGUCGUUAACGGGAACUCUCCGACUUUCUCUAGGACGGAUCGUCUCGGAUAACAUCGCCAGCACUGGCUGUCGCGGUUGGCUGUGGAGUAGCAGCCGCUAUAGUUGGGACUGCAACAGUCGCUUUCAUCAUCAAGAAAGUUUUAGCUAAACGCAGAAAACACGCAUUUGACGCCGGUCUUGAAACAGAAGAUCUCAUGGGAGAAUAAGGGGAAGAAUCUCGAAUGUAAAUGUGGAUCUACAAACUUGAUCAAGUCAAAAUGCCUUGGCAACCGACUAUUGUAGUAUACAGUUGUUGCCAUUGUUCUUAGGGGUUUAUCCAUCAAUAAUAGCAGUUCCUAAAAAGUUUGGGUGAUGAUUAAAACUUAAAAAUGAUGAGGGAGGUUUUCAAGAUAGUUCAAAAUUUAAACUCAGAGUGUGCUUUAGUUUAGUGUUUAAUGUUGGGAUUGGGGUAGGUGUAGGGUAAGGUUUAAGAUUGUUAUAAGUAUCUCAUGGCUGUUUUUUGCUUCCCGUCUUAACAACCUUGAAAACCUCCGUCCGUCCCUUUACCAUAAAGGACCUUCACGUUUAGUGUAACCCCAGUACUGUAUAUAUAGACUUAUUAUCGACCUAUCUUAGACUAUUCUUAGUGGCAAGAUAUAAGGGGCUGUUUAUAUGGAAGCCGGGCUGGUCCGCUUAGCGAGACAGCCCGGUAAAAGUGGGAUGAAUUUCUCUCGUGACAGUUUUGUGGUCUUGCCAGUUGUUAAAAAUCGGCAGCCGGGCCAGCCCACUUGCGAGUGUUUAUAUGGAGAAAUUUUCAUGCCGGUAAGCGAGAUCUCGCCUCUUUCAAGCGCGCGCGCGCGCGAGAUCUCGGCAAUCGGGCCAGCGAGAUCUCGCGAGAGACCGCGGCUUCCAUAUAUUUACAGCCCCAAAUAGAAAAUAAUUGUUAUGAAGAUGAUUUAUAUACGCCUGUAUUCUAAAAGCUCACUGCACACUCGCACUCGCACUCAAUGAGUGGAAGUUCAAUUUGAGCUUCCCUUGAGUGUCAAUGCUGUUUUUAAAUAGCAGGAGGGUGAGUAUAUAGUCACACAGUAAUUAAGGUACGACACUAACCCUUCAGCUAUUCAAAAACUGCACUGACACUCAAGGGAAGCUCAGAUUUAGCCUCCACUCUUUGACUGCAAGUGAGCUUAUUAUGGAAUAAACAUAAUGAAAUGCAAUGUAAAACAAUUUCAAAUAAUAUCGCCCUGCUGAAAAGAGCAAAAUUGUUUGUCAAUAGAGAUAGUCUGAUAAAAAUCUACAAUGCCUUAGUGUGGCCUCAUUUCAAUUAUUGUUCAACAAUCUGGAAUGAUGGAUG